AUGGCAUCAUCGGUUUACUCCACCCUAACCUACUGGCUCGUGCACCACCCCUACAUCGCCAACUUCACAUGGAAAGAAGGUGAAACCUUCGGCUCCACUGUCUUCUUUGUCUCUGUCGUAGUCUUCGUUUUCCUCUGCGCCACUUUCCUCCUCUGGUACGCCAUGGACUCACUCCCCUCACUCAGUCCACGCAUCCUCAAACUAAUCAGACUCGUCCACACCUUCGUCCUCUGCCUCCUCUUCAUGAUUAUGGCCGUAGGUUGCACUCUCUCCAUAACCUCGUCUCAAGACCCAAAGGCACACCUGAUAUGUUUCCCCGUUGAUGUGAAACCUAGCGGACCGGUUUUCUUCUGGGCUCAAGUCUACUACCUCUCGAAGAUCCUCCAGUUCGUAGACAUACUUGUCAUGAUUGUCUCAAAAUCAGUCCACCUGCUCUCGUUUUACUACGUGUAUCACCACGGGACAGCUGUGGUUAUGGCCUACCUCUGGCUCCACACCCGCCAAUCUAUGUUUCCCGCUGGGAUCGUGAUAAACUCCAUGGUAUACGUCAUUCUGUACGGUUACUACUUUCUCCGCGCCGUCGGAUUGAGGCCCAAGUGGAAGAUGUUUGUGAAGAGUUAUCUGAUUCUUGGAUAUCUUGCAAUCUUCACUGUAGGAUUCGGUUGGAUGGUCCAGCAUUAUUUCGGGUCAGGUUGCUCUGGGAUUUGGGGAGUUUAUUUCAACGGUGCGUUUGUUUCUUCUCUCGUGGGUCUCUUUGUCUACAAGAACUAUGUCAAGAAGGAAAUGAUUAAAUUGUGUCUUGGAUUAUUUCCCAAAAGAAAUGAUUAA